AUGCCUACCUAUAUUGUCACCCUCAAAGACGAUGCCACGCCUGAGCAGGUCAAGGAGACCAAGGCAAAAGUCACCGAGCAGGGCGGCAAGAUCAUCCACGAGUACGACAUUAUCAAGGGUUUCUCUGUCAGCUACCCUGAGGACUCUAUCACCACCCUCGAGUCUCACCCUCACGUCAAGGCUGUCGAGCCCGACGGCAUCGCCACUACUCAGUAG